AUGUUGAUUUUUAAUAUCUCGAUUGAAGAACAAUUCAACAUUAUGAAAAGUAAGUAAUAAAAGUUGUUCAACUGUAAACAAACUUUCUGAUUUCAAGUCAAGCAUUUAGCCUAACUUGAACCCAAAAGUCUAGAAAAUCAUGACAAAACAUAAUUUUCCCAUGUAUCCUUUUGUUGUUGAUAUUAAUUAAUUCACAGAAGAAAAAACCCGAGAUUUUUUUCCGAAGUUUUUCAAUUAUUUUUUUUCUCUAGUUUUCCUUGUUUUUGUUUUUUUGAUGUUGUUAAAAAUAACAAAGUUCCAAGAAAAAAAUCAUAAAUUUAAAUAAAUUUUUUUUUCAAAAGGAAUUUAUUUUCAGAAUUCGAAAUGAUUGACGAAGAGACUUAUAAAAUUAACAGAUUGAUCAUUUGUUCGAUUGUUUUUGUUUUUCAAUUUUUUGGACUUUUUGGAAAUGUGAAUUUGAUUGUUUUGACAUAUCGAAAGAAGAGUUUACAGACGAAAUAUGGUGGGUUUUGAACUAGAAAUUUUUAGAAUUCAUUAUAUUUCAACUGAAAAAAAAAAUUCGAUUUCCAGGCCUAAUAAUGGUGAUUUUGGCAGUUAUGCAUUGUUUUUGUUUGUUUUUUGAGUAUUUCAAUGUUGGUUUUGGAAUUGCUUGUAAGUAUCGGGCACAAAAACUGUCUUUUGAUGUACAUUUUACAGUGGAGUUUUGGUUUUUUUUCUAAAUUUGAAAAUAAAAGAAAUGCAUUCGAAAAAGUUAACAUUAGCUUACAAACACCAAAAUUUUUAAAUGAAAUUUCAAACUUUUUCAGCAAUGUAUUUUGAUUAUACAAUUCGCCGAAAUAUCUGUUUCUACACAAUAUUUCCCUAUAUUUUUGCACAUUCUCUUCAAACCGGAACAAUUUGUGUUUUGGCCUUUGAUUUAUUUUUAACAAUUGCGAAACCUAUCAAAUAUCGAACUUAUCAAAUUCGAUAUUAUUUUCCUGUUAUUUUUUCACCUCCACUUUUCUAUGCUUUAUAUUCAAUUAUUGCUGGUUUCAUUUUUCUAGAUGAUGAUGUUAUUCAGGUAUUUGAACAAUUUUGAGAAGGAGCUGUAACUUUUCAGAAAAAAAGUUUCAGCUAUGCAAUCCACCGUAUGCUUUGGUUGCCAAAAUCAAUGGUCAGUGGUAUAUUUUAAUGAUGACUUUUACUUUAUUAACUGUGGUUUUUUAUGCUUUCGCGUUCGGACUUUUAUUUUAUAAAGGUAACAUUUUUCUAGCUGUUUCAAAAUUUAUCUUUUAUAUUUUUAGUAAAUCGAAAUAGCAGUGAUAUUCGACUGAUCGAAAGAAAAGCUAUGAAAACCUUAAAAGUCCUCAUUGUUAUAUUUGUGCUAACUCGACUUAUCACAACUUUUUUGCUCAAUAUUUUGAGUUAUAUUGGAAUCGAUAAAGAAGUUAUUACCUUGGCACAAAGUUAUAAUGUGAGUUGAAAUUAUUUGGAAAAUUAGUAUUCAAAAUCGAAAUUCAUUUCAGAUUGUUGGUGGAUUGAUUGGAUAUUCUCAAAAUGCUUAUGUUUGUUAUUUUCGCUCAACAGAAUACCGUAGUCUAUUCAUAGAACAAAUCACAAAAUUAUCACCAGCAGUUGGGAAACAUUUAUCAAAAAAGGAAACAUCGAUGCGGGUAACAACGAAAUGGCAACAUUCACAAGUUUCUAGUAUGCAUAUUCCACAUGUUGAGAAAUGA